UGAAACAAUUUAUUUGUUAUGAAAAUGGAUUUAAAUUCUGUAUUUAUGUGAAAAGUGUUCUAUUUGUAAACAGUUUAGCAAAGGUUGUUCCGGAAGCGAAGUACCGUGUUUUCCGUCAUACUGUGCCUAAUUGUCAUAAAACAAGACGGAAAAUAAGAAGACAGCAUUUUCUAAUUUUGUGAAAUAAACAGAUGGUAUAAUUUUCACAUCUGCUUUGGAUUUUCUAAUAUGCUACAAAAAAACGCCCGUCCAGGGUACAGGAAAAUCAUCAAAACAUCCGCAAAAACUUUGAUUAUUAUCGAAGCGAUACUGUUUGGUGUUUCAUAUGCGGGCUGGUAUCGAUUGAAUACUAAUAGAGAAUUUCGUUAUUACGUUAAGGAUAACUAUCCUAGUGUGUUGGAAGCGUACUAUCAGCUGGGUGAAACAUUUGGAGGAGACAAAACGAUUCGCCAGUACGACGAAACCAUUUGGCAACAGGAGCAGCAGGCGAAGAAGUAA